AUGAAAGGUGGCGGUGGUAUAGGGGAUGGCAAAAAAGACUACCAAGCAGCCGUCCAUGAAGGACUGACAACGUUUGAUCAGUUGGGGAUCGCAUUGGAAGACGUUGGAAAGACGUUAGAUGCAGAAACGGCCACCACCGGAGGAGGAUUUCUUUCGAGAGUCAUGAACGAAACUUCAUCUCUCAAACGAAAGUCCUACGACCAGUCGAACGAUCUUGUAAACAUGUCAGUGGUUCCUGCCGAGUCCAGCUAUGUUCUCUUCUUUCAGGUCCUUUUUCCCUUCGUUGUUGCUGGACUUGGUAUGGUGUUUGCCGGUUUGGUGUUAUCAGUAGUCGUUACAUGGCCGUUGUUCGAGGAAAUCCCGGAAAUUCUCAUUCUCGUGCCGGCGCUUCUCGGUCUGAAAGGAAAUUUGGAAAUGACAUUGGCUAGCAGAUUGUCCACUUUGGCUAACCUUGGGCACAUGGAUUCGUCAAAGCAGAGAAAAGAUGUGGUGAUUGCAAAUUUGGCAUUAGUUCAAGUGCAAGCUACUGUCGUCGCCUUUCUGGCAUCUGCAUUUGCUGCCGCUUUAGCUUUCAUUCCAACAGGAGAAAUCGAUUGGGCUCAUGGAGCGUUGAUGUGUGCGAGCAGUUUGGCUACAGCGUGUAGUGCGUCGCUCGUACUUUCUCUGCUUAUGGUCGCUGUAAUCGUCACUUCUCGAAAGUACAACAUCAAUCCAGAUAAUGUUGCUACUCCCAUCGCUGCAUCUCUUGGAGACUUGACGACUCUCAGUGUGUUGGCAUUUUUCGGAACUGUUUUCCUGAAAGCACACAACACAGAAUCCUGGCUAAACGGCGUUGUGAUUAUCGUCUUCCUUUUGUUACUUCCUUUCUGGGUAAAAGUUGCCAAGGAGAAUGAAGGAACUCGAGAAACGUUGUACAAUGGUUGGACUCCUGUUAUCAUGUCAAUGUUGAUCAGUAGUGCUGGUGGAUUCAUAUUGGAAACCGCUGUGCGAAAGUAUCAUAGUUUGAGUACAUAUGGGCCAGUUCUGAAUGGUGUCGGAGGAAAUUUAGCAGCAGUACAAGCCAGUAGACUUUCUACUUAUUUCCACAAAGCUGCUGCGAUUGGAGAACUGCCAAAUGGAUGGACAGUGCAACGAUUCACCAGCUUCACACGAGCAUUCUUCUCUAAAGAGUGGGAUUCUCGCUCUGCCCGUGUCUUAUUGUUACUUGUCGUACCCGGUCAUAUUUGCUUCAAUGCUCUAAUUCAACUAUUUACUUAUUCGUCGAAGAGCAAUGUAACACCACAUGGUCCUCUUUUCACAAGUUUGUACAUGAUUGCGGCUAUCAUCCAGGUGAUGAUCCUUCUGUUCGUAUGUCAAUUCCUCGUUUCUCUCCUUUGGAAAUGGAAGAUUGAUCCAGAUAACUCUGUGAUUCCAUAUUUGACAGCGCUUGGAGAUUUGUUGGGAACCGGCCUUCUCUUCAUAGUUUUCCUCACAACGGACUGUUUUGAUCCCCAAGAACUCGCUAAUAACGUUGUAAAUAUUACACCUACUAACUCUAAUAUGGAAGUCGGACAGCGUGUACGAAUAAAUUUCGAAAAUGCAACAAUCCGUUAUAUAGGUGAAGUAUCCGGAUACGGUUCUCAAAUAUGGGUUGGACUGGAAUGGGAUGAUUCGACUCGUGGAAAACAUGAUGGAGUUGUCAAAGGGCACAGAUAUUUUCAAACAAAACAUCCGACUGGAGGAUCCUUGAUGAAAAUGGAAGCUGUUCCAAAGCCAACAGAUAUUUUAUUCGAAAUAAAAGAUCGAUACGCUGAAGAGGAACGUGUUGAAAAUGAAAUUGAACUGACAAAAUCUUCAAAGAAAAUCGAGUUGAUCGGUAUGGAACAAACCGCUGCCAAACAAAGUAAUAUCGAAAAACUCAUAAAUAUCGUACUUGAUAAUCGAUCUGUUGGUUUCCCUCCACCAUCCGACUCUCCACAAUUUAUUCUUUGUCGUGAACUGAAUCUCUACGGGAAUCUUCUUUACAAAUGGCAGACUGUGAAGCGAAUUCUGGAAUUUUUCCCAAGAAUUCAAGAAUUAAAUUUAAGGAGAAAUCGGAUGCAGUCGUUUAAUGAAGAUGAAGAUGGAGAACUUGAAGGAGAAGAAUCGAUCUAUUCAGAAAGUUGUAAGAAAUUGGUCAUUAGUGAAUGUACGAUAAGUGAGGAAUCUAUGGAUUCAAUCAUUCGAAGGUUUCCAUCAGCCGCCGAAAUUGUUGCGUUUGGGAAUGAACUUACAAGGUUUACUGUCUCGGAUGUAGUUGCCAACCGUCUGACAUCACUUGAUCUUGAAGACAAUUUAUUUGGCUCUAUGAAUUCUAUUGAAGGAUACUUCCCGAAUCUCACUCAAUUGUCAUUAGCCAAUUGUGGAAUCUCGAGUCUAGUUGGCCUAGAUGGAACAUCCAAAUUUCCAAAUCUUGAAUAUUUGAACCUUCGAGGGAAUACUAUUCUGGACUGGCCAAGCGUAAAUGCAAUGCGAUCUCUGAAAAAUCUGAAACGUUUAUUGUUUGACUGCAAACAUUUAGAAGUUGAGAAAGGAGUUCAUUCGUAUGAAGUUGUCGUAGCAAAACUGAGCACACUAAUCGAUCUCAAUCGAUUUGAUAUUUCCGAAGUGGAGAGAAGAUCCGCAGAGAUUCGUUUCCUCAACAAAUACGCUGGAAUCGAGAACAAAUCUAAUCACGACGAAGAUAUCAAAAGGCUCAUUGCUAUUCAUGGAGAGCCUACACUUGAUACUGCGAAGAAAGGUCUGACAGUGGUAAAAAUCAGAAUAGAAUGUGGAAACCGAGUAGAAUCACGUAAACUCCCUCUAGCGAUGAGUGUACAAAAAAUAAGAGAUAUGCUUGCACGUCUCUUCAAAACUCCACAUUCUUCAAACAUUCGUCUAUACCUAGUAAUGGCGGAGAAAACCAAACAACAUCGCAUUGAGUUGGACAACCCAUUACGAGACUUCGGUUAUUAUUCACCUUCAGAAGAUCGGGAUAUUCUUGUUGUUGAACAUGAUUGA